CUGACCGAGCGCCCCUGAGUUUCUCCGGCUGACUUUGCCCGCAGAUGAUGGCUCGGUGCUGGACGUUUUGGACCGGGAUCCUAGUCCUCAUGACCGCCGGUCUUCCAGGUGUCGUCCAGUCUUUCAGCCACCUGAGCUUCAACCUGUGUAAGUGGUGUGAGGUGUCCAGUCCGGUGUGUAAAGACAGCGUCUGCAUGAGUAACUGCACCCUGUCGUCCUUCUGCACCGUCAUCGAGGAGAUCUGCAUCGCCAUAUGGAGGAAGACCAACGACACAAUGACGGUGCACACGAUGUGUCAUCAUCCCGCUCUGCCACUAGAGGGCGUCGACCCCGGCCUGCUGCUCAACUUCACCUCCAGAGAGUGUCACAUGGUCCCACAGCCGGCAGAGGACGGAGCCAUGAUGGUCUGUGGCUGCCAGGGAGAACACGAAUGUAACGACAAACUGAUCUUCAACAAGGGAGCCAACGGGUUCUUCAAGCUGCAGAGUAAAGACGUGAUCCCGGUGGUCGUGGUUAGUUUGGUGCCUCCUCUCCUUGUUGCCAUAGUUGCCACCGCCGCCUUCUAUUUCUACCGCACACACCGCCCUGACAAACCUGGCCCUCCUGCACGCCCCAACUGGCCCACCAAACGCACCCCAGAGCUCUACCAGGCUUUGGACCUGCCAUGUGGAGGCCGGGGGUCGGAGGGCAGAGGAGGAGGAGGAGGUGUGAUGGCUCCUGGAUCUCAGCUGGAGGAGUCUAAUGCCAAGGUGUCAUCUCUCAACAAUGACAUCAGUGACAUCACAGAUUGGCAAGGCCAAUUGGCUGAACCGCUGCCCAUCAAACUGGAAGCCCUGGUGGGGAAGGGGCGCUUCGCUGAAGUGUGGAGGGCGCGCCUGCUGCAGGGCGAGAAGGGCGGGGUUAACAGCUAUGAAACUGUGGCAGUGAAGGUGUUUCCCGCUGUGGAGUACGCCUCGUGGAGAAAUGAAUGCUCCAUCUUCUCCGACCCCAAACUGGAGCACGACAACGUGGUUCAGUUCCUGGCGGCUGAGGAGAGGGGUCUGCCCGGUCACACUCUCCGGAAGUACUGGCUGGUCUUGGCCUAUUACAGCCUCGGCAACCUGCAGGACUUCCUCACAGCAAACAUCCUGAGCUGGGAGGAGCUUGUUGUCAUGGCAGGCAGCAUCGCUAAAGGGUUAGCGCAUCUCCACAGUGACACGACACCCGGCGGGAUACCAAAGGUGCCAGUCGCCCAUCGGGACCUGAAGAGCAGUAACAUCGUGGUGAAGAGCAGGAAGGAGUGCGCUCUAUGUGACUUUGGUCUGGCCUUGAGAUUGGACCUCUCACUCACUGUCGAUGACUACGCCAACAGUGGACAGGUGGGAACAGCUCGCUACAUGGCUCCCGAGGUACUAGAGUCCAGGGUGAACCUGGAGGACCUCGAGGCCUUUAAACAGAUGGACGUUUACUCCAUGGCUCUGGUCCUCUGGGAAAUGGCCUCUCGCUGCCACGCAAUCGGAGAGGUGGAGAGCUACGAGCCGGCGUUUGGCUCUAAGGUCUGUGAGCAGCCCUGUGUGGACAGUAUGAGAGACCUGGUGCUGAGGGACAGAGGACGUCCUGACAUCCCCUCAGCCUGGACGCAGCAUCAGGGGAUGAGCAUCUUCUGCUCCACCAUCACUGAGUGCUGGGAUCACGACCCGGAGGCCAGACUGACGGCUCACUGUGUGGUGGAGCGCUUCAACGCCCUGCAGCAGGAGCAGGAGCAGGAGCAGGAGCAGGAGCAGGAGCAGGAGCAGGACCAGGACCAGGACCAGGUCCAGGACCAGGACCAAGACCAGGACCAGGAACUGAGACCAGAAGUUGGCAGACCGGAGGACGAAGAAAGAGCAAAGAACUCGGAGAAACCAGACAAUGACCAGGUUCACUCCUCCUCCACUGCUGCUUCCUCACCCUCCUCCUCUUCCUCCCCCCAGGUUCCUAAGCCACAGAGAGACGGUACAGAGGUAUCCCAUGAUUCUCCGGUUCACACUGGUACUGGUUGUGACCUGUUACUGUAACUGGCCUGAAGCAGCCGAUAGUGACGGGACUGAGAAGUAACUAAAAACUGAUUCUGUAGUAAUUUACAUGAGUCUAUAAAAACAUGGUGGUGUCAUGGUUGUGGUCCGGCUGUAGGGGGGGAAUUGUCGGUACUUCCAUCACUUCGUUCCAGACUCAAAUAUCAACAACAACCAUCAGAUGGAUUUCCAUAAAACUUUGCACAAACAUUCGUUUUCCUCAGAGGAUAAAUUCUACUGACUUUGUUCAUCCUCUGACUUCUCCUCUAGCGCCACCAGCAGGUUUAUAUUUUAGGUCCAGACUGAAAUAUCACAACAACUGUUAGAUGGAUUGUGACUUUUCCUCUAGCGCCAUCAUCUGGUUAAAAAUUCUAAUUGCAGAACUGAUGACACUCCCAUCAGCUAAACUAAGAUGGUGAACAGGGUCAACAUUGAUAUUUUAGCAUUGUCAUUGAUUGUAACCUGUUAGCAUUCAGCUCAAAGCACAACUUAGUGUAGGUAUGGUCGUACAGAGCCGUUAGCAUGUCGACUUUUAGUCUGGUUAUUUACCAGAUUUCUGAUUUCUACAUCUCAGCAGUUUUGUUGUUUUCCCAGCUUCAUGACAAUAACCAGAAUAAAGGGAAAUGCACGUCUCCAGAACAUGAUGUUUGACGCCAAUGAUCACAUUUCUCAGCAGUGAUGAUCCUCAACUCUCCAGAGAAACAUUUUGAGCAACCAGGUUAUGAUUCCUUUCUCCUGUAAGAUGAUUUCUAAUGCAGACACCUGAUUAACCAGGAUAUAACAAGGUCUGACUCACCGGAUAUAGGCUGUGGGUAUAAACCUGCAAAUUUGCCCCUGUUUCAGGUGGCAUUCUCCUCCUGUUCCUCUUCCCCUGCCUGUCACCGUUUUCUAAAUCCUCUUCGCUACAGAGAACAGCAACAACCUCAGAGCUUCAGCCUGCACGCUGAAAAUGGCCAGUUUUGAUGAAGAUCGGAAUUCUACAAUCAGCUCAUUGGAAUCCGCCAUUUUAAUGACGUUUUUCGUGUCCCUACGUGCUAACAUUCCUACAAAACAAGUUUCCCUCCGACAGUAUUUUGCAGCGGCACCAGAAAUACAAACAAACCAGUGUUUUUAACCCUAUAGCAGAAUGCUAAUGGGUGCAGACCAUUCUCCAGUGCUAACACAGCUCUGUGGAGAGAGGUCUGACUGUGUGAGGCUACCAUGCAUUUAAACAUGUUCUGUCAUUACCUGUAUAACCUGGUUUCUCUGAGGAACCUGGCUUCUGCAUUCAGGCGCAGCGGCGAUGCUAACAUUCUCAAACUUUGACUCGAUGAUGGCACUCGAGGAAAAGUCAGAGGGUCAGUGAAGUUAUCACAGUUCAGCCUGAGGGGAACAUGAACGUCUGAACCACAUUUCGUCACCAUCAUCCAGCAGCUGCUGAGAUGUUUCAGUGUGGACCGACCUGCCGCUAACAUGAAGAGAUAAAGUCUGAAAUGACUGAAAAGACUCACAGUACGAUGGAUGUUCUCUCUUUGGGACGUCCUGGACUCUUCACCUGAAGUCCAGAAAGGACAGAAGUGACUGGUGGACUCAGCUGUGAUCUUCUCCUAGUCGUAGCUCUGCUGGUACAGACCAACACUCACACUGUUGUUGUGUGGAAACGUUUCAUUUUGUCGGAGCUGGUCUCCAUUUUGUUUUGUUGUGACUGUGAUUAUUGUUACUAUAACCUUCCUGUAUGAACUGUCUGCCUGUGGACGGUGGUUGUGUCUGAUUAAAAAACAAAUUACAGUGAAGAAUUGGUCUGAUUUUCCACUUUCAAUCACAAACCUCUGCCAAAGAUUUAAUUAUAUAUCUGAUUAUUAAUUACAGGCUACAGAAUUAUGUGUGAUGUUUUUAUUUCUGAGAUGUAAGAAAUCUUCCAGUGUCCAGAUCAUUUGUAAAUUCAGCCACUAAAAAGACUUUUCUAUCAACAUGAAACACAAAUACUCAA